AUGGCGGUCAAGCGCAUUUUGCGAUACUUACAAGGGACUAAGUCGCACGGUAUCUGUUUCAAGCCUGAUGACAAGAUAGACUUCUGUGGCUACUCGGAUGCAGAUUGGGCCGGCGACCAUGCAGACCGGAAGUCGACUUCAGGAUACGCGUUUAUCCUGAUGGGUGCUCCGGUGAGCUGGGGAAGCAAAAAGCAGUCAAGUGUGUCGCUGUCAACAAGUGAAGCUGAGUACAUUGCACUAAGUCUGGCGAUUCAAGAAGGAAAGUGGGUGCAUCGAUUGCUGUGCGAGAUUCUGGAUGCCGCAGAGGACAAGUCUGGACCCGAGCUCAAGAUCAUGGAAGACAACCAGUCGUGCAUCAAGAUGACGAAGAAUCCGGUGAACCAUGGUCGGGCCAAGCACAUCGACAUCAAGUACCACCACAUUCGUGAUGAAGUCAAGCGUGGUGAUGUCAAGUUGGAGUACUGUGAGACUACGAUCAUGUUGGCGGACAUCAUGACGAAGGGACUGCCAGGACCGCGUCACAAGGACUUGACGGCAGCGCUCGGCAUACACGCGUGUUCGCAUUGA